AUGCCAUAUCCUCAAAAACUCCGUCAGGCAGAAAACGAUAAGCAGUUUGCCCAAUUUGCAUAUUACUUCAAGACAUUGGAGAUCAAGAUUCCUUUUGUAAAAGCCCUUGAACAAAUACCUUCCAUUGCCAAGUUUAUGAAAGAAAUAUUGAGUUACAAGAAGGAUUGGAGAGAGGUAAAGACAGUCAUCCUCACUGAAGAAUACAGUGCAGUCAUCAACAGGAACCUGCUGGAAAAACAUCAGGACCCUGGGAGUUUCAUGAUACCUUGCACCCUCAGGGGCGCCUACACAAAGACAACUCUCUGUGAUCUUAGAGCAAGCAUUAUCCUGAUGCCUUCAUCACUAGUAAAGAAACUCGGUUUAAUCCAAGACGUCAAGCCUACUCGUAUAUUCCUUCAACUGGCUAACGGUUUUGUCAAGAUUCCAUCAGGAGUGGUUGAAGACAUGAUUGUAAGGGUUGGACCCUUUGCAUUUUCAACAGACUUUGUGCCACAAGAGGAAGAGGCACUAAUUCAGGUGCUAAAGACGCACAAAACAGCUAUUGGAUGGACCAUAAGUGACUUAAAGGGAAUUAGCCUAACCAAAUGCAUGCACAAGAUCAGGCUUGAAGAUGAUGCCAAGCUAGUGGUACAACCACAAAGGCGUCUGAAUCUGGCCAUAAAGGAAGUAGUGCAAAAAGAAGUCACUAAACUGUGGGAGGCUGCAAUUAUCUAUCCCACCUCAGAUAGCCCGUGGGUGAGUCCUAUCUAUGUUGUACCCAAGAAAGGAGGAAUGACAAUGAUCCACAAUGAGAAGAAUAAACUGAUUCCUACGAGAACAGUUACAGGGUGGCGUUACAAUCAAAUUGCAGUAGACCCUCAGGAUCAGGAGAAGACAGCAUUCACAUGCCCAUACGGCAUAGUUUUUGGACAUCAAAUUUCAAACAAAGGCAUAGAGGUUGAUCAAGCUAAGAUGGAAGUAAUUGAACGAUUUCCACCACCUACUAAUGUUAAGGCAAUAAUAAGUUUCCUGGGACAUGCAGGAUUCUAUAGGAGGUUUAUAAAAGAUUUCUCCAAAAUUGCAAAGCCCCUGUGCAAUCUCCUAGCCAUGGACACCCCUUUUGUUUUUGACAGGGAUUGCUUGCAUGCUUUUGAAACUCUGAAGGCAAAGCUUAUCUCUGCACCUAUCAUCUCAGCACCCAACUAG